UUGAGGGGGAGGAGGUAGAUAGAGAGAAAGGGCCAAAAAGAAUAAGAAGAAUGAGAAAAAAAGAAGUGAUAUGGGGGAAUCAAACUAGAUGUUAAUGUGUGUGUUUGUGUGGGGUGGGGGCAGUGAAAAAAAAAAUGCAGCACAAAUGAGAGCCUGAGUGGUACGAAGAGAGAGCGAGGGGGUCUGCACAGAGGCUCUGCGGGGAGAUCAACACAGCUGUGCAGAGAGGCAGAGGGAGUUGCACAGACAGUGGAACAACCAGCAGUAGGACACACAGGAACCAAAUAUUAGAUGCUUUAUUGGUAGAUGGAAGACACACAAGGAUACGUAAUCACAAAUAACCAAGAAAGGGGACCAAUCUCAGCCACUGACAACACUUACAGGAUACAGGAAGGCAGAAGAGCAGAGGAGGAAACAAAGGAAAGAGCUGAGAGAGAGCAGAAGAGGGACCAAGUGGGAAAAGAAAGCAGGAGAUAAGAGUGACACGGCCGAGACAGAGUCGCUGACCUCUGCCAGCUGAUUCGCGAUGUCCGUCGACCUGCUAAUCAUCCUCCUCUUGACCUUCACACAGGGGAGCUGCGCAUUCCAUGCCAACCACUGGGGUGAAUGGAAUGACUCCCAGCUACUGCCAACAAUACAAAAGCUCAUGAAAGGAUACAACCGCUACCUCAGACCUAAUUUCAAUGAGGGUCCUGUGGAAAUUGGAAUGAGCCUCGAUAUUGCCAGCAUUGAUGCCAUCUCUGAAAUCAAUAUGGACUACACUGCAACAAUCUUCCUCCGUCAGCGCUGGCGUGAUUCCAGGCUGAUGUUCCCUGGAAGUGAGAGCGUGAGUGUGGACGGUCGUCUGGUGUCACUGCUCUGGAUCCCUGACACCUUCAUCCCAGACUCCAAGCGCUCCUUCCUGCAUGAUGUCACUGUGGAAAACCGCCUCAUACGCAUCUUCAGCAAUGGAACUGUUCUCUAUGCUCUUCGCAUCACGGCCACGAUCGCCUGCAACAUGGAUCUGACUAAGUACCCCAUGGACAGACAGGUCUGCACCCUGCAGCUGGAGAGCUGGGGGUAUAACCUGCAGGAUGUGGUGUUCUACUGGACCAGAGGGAAUGAUUCAGUGAAGGGUUUGGACACGCUGCGGCUGGCUCAGUACAGUGUAGAGAGCUACUACACAUCGGUGUCAGAGGCUGUGUAUGAAACAGGAAAUUACCCUAAGCUGGUGCUGCACUUUGCACUGCGCAGAAAUGUGCUGUUCUUCAUCUUGGAAACGUAUGUUCCCUCCAUUCUGUUGGUGGUUCUCUCCUGGGUCUCUUUCUGGAUCAGCCAGUCCUCCGUACCAGCUAGGACCUGCAUUGGAGUGACAACAGUCUUGACGAUGACAACUCUGAUGAUGGGAGCCCGCACUUCUCUGCCCAAUGCCAACUGUUUUAUAAAGGCCAUAGAUGUUUAUUUGGGCAUCUGUUUCACCUUCAUCUUUGGCGCACUGUUGGAGUAUGCCUGUGCUCAUUUUUAUACCAUGCAGCACCAGACCAUUGAGGAUUUAUACAGGGACCUUCUGAGGGAGUUCAGCGAGUCUAAUGGAAAUGGCUCAAUCCCCAUCGUCAGCGCCAGCCAACCAAACCAAUCCGUGGAGAUCGGCUCCACUGCAGAGGAGCCCACGGAGCAGCCAGCAAACAGUGACACUAAGAACCACGCAGGAUCAAAAGAGAAGGCGCCAAAUCAGGGCUGCGGCUUGUCAUCAGUGAAAGAUGCAUCACGUAGGGCGGCGUCUGUCUUCAUUGUGGAAAAUCCACACAACAUUGAUCGCUAUGCCCGCACGGUUUUCCCCACAGCAUUCCUCUUUGUCAAUAUCUUAUACUGGCUUUAUUACCUCUUUCUGUAAGUUCUCACUCUGAGCUGUGGAAAGGUUAAUGUCAGCAACCUGAAGCACCUCUCCCUCCUCAUUUGAGAACCAACACUAGUCGCCACGCUCUGGAGCUCAACUGACCUGACACAACUUAUUUAUUGGUUGGUGAAAAUCAAUUGGUCAGGACUACGCUCCGUAUUGAAGGCUUUUAUUGAUCGUGUACGAAGAGUUGGCUCCCAGCAUAUUAGCAUGUAAGAAUGGUACUCCAGAGCCUGUAUUGUCUACUGACCAAUCCAUAGAUCAAAUGAGGAUCAGUUUAAAAUGAAUACGAUUCCUGAGCAACACCACACCAUUGGUUGUUAUGCAUUGUUUGCAUGAGACCAUAUACUGUAGGCAUACCGUGUGAAAUUAAAAGAAUA